AUGAUGUUGAGUCCCAACCAGACAAUGGUGACAGAGUUUGUGCUGGAAGGGUUCUCAGAGCACCCUAGUCUAAGACUGCUCCUGAUUGGCUGCUUCCUGACCCUCUACUCAAUGGCUCUCACAGGCAACAUUGUGAUCAUUUUUUUGGUCACUUCUAGCACUGGACUCCACAGUCCCAUGUACUUUUUCCUGUGCAACCUGGCCACCAUGGAUAUUGUCUGCACCUCCUCUGUGCUGCCCAAGGCUUUGCUUGGCCUAGUGUCUAAGGAAAACACCAUCUCCUUCAAGGGGUGCAUGACCCAGCUCUUCUUCCUUGUGUGGUCUGCAUCCUCCGAGCUGCUGCUGCUCACGGUCAUGGCCUAUGACCGCUAUGUGGCCAUCUGCCAUCCCCUGCACUACAGCUCUAGGAUGAGCCCAUGUCUGUGUGGGGCCCUGGCCUUGAGUGUGUGGUCCAUCUGUGCUCUGAAUUCAUCUAUAAACACUGGUCUAAUGACACGGCUGUCAUUCUGUGGCCCCAACAUCAUCACCCACUUCUUCUGUGAGAUCCCCCCACUCCUCCUCCUCUCCUGCAGCUCCACAUAUGUGAAUAGCAUUAUGACUCUUAUAGCAGAUGCCUUUUAUGGAGGCAUCAACUUCUUCCUCACCUUACUCUCCUAUGGCUGCAUCAUCGCCAGCAUCCUGCGCAUGCGUUCUGCUGAGGGCAAGAGGAAGGCCUUCUCUACCUGCUCCUCCCACCUCAUCGUGGUCUGUGUGUACUACUCCUCUGUGUUCUGUGCCUACAUCAGUCCUGCUUCCAGCUACAGCCCAGAGAGAAGCAAAGUGACCUCAGUGCUGUACUCGGUCCUCAGCCCAACCCUGAACCCCCUCAUCUACACACUGAGGAACAAGGAUGUCAAGCUGGCCCUGGGGAGACUCUUGCCCUCUUUCUCACAUUAAAUGGAGAUGUACAGGCUGUUCUCCUGGCCUGGGCUGUUCCUAAAUAUGCUUUCCUGAGAUCAGCCUCAUGGAGCUUGGGUGUACCUAUUUCUGUCUUAGAAAACCAUUCUCUGAUGCAAGAACUACAAAUUUUUAGAGGCAAUGAAAAAAAUUAAGCUUUAUUUCCUGAUAAACACAACCAAUUUAAAAAGU